GCCUAGGGCAGCAAAUUGGUCACUGCCAGUGACCAAUCGGAUGGGUGUGGUAGAGACAUAAAAGCCAGGUACUUCUCAAAGCCUGAGUAUAUUUGUGCAGACGUUUCAUGAUCAGCUGUAUUAGGGAGCGACAUCAUUUGUGUCUUCUAUCGUUAGUUAGACACAGAAAACAUUGUCAAUGGCGUCAGAAAACUAUGGGGAAAUGAGCGGGGAGGAUAUGUGUGAGUACCUGAAAGAAAAAGGACUUGAAGGGGCAGAUACAUUUAAAGGAAAGUCUGUUAUCAAGCUGUCGGAGCUCGAUGAUGAUUAUCUGACUAAGAAGGGCAUAUAUCAACCUGAGGUUCGUCAGAAAAUCUUGGAUAGUAUCUUGAAGAUCUGGCCAUCAGCUCCCAAGGUGUUUAAUGAUCCAAUCCACGGAAGUAUGGAGUUGCACCCUCUUCUUGUUAAAAUCAUCGACACGCCUCAGUUCCAGAGAUUAAGAUACAUCAAGCAGCUGGGAGCGGGCUAUUUUGUUUAUCCUGGAGCCUCCCACAACCGGUUUGAACACUCAAUUGGGGUGGGGUACUUAGCAGGAGAGCUUGUGAAAGCUCUGAAGAAAAAGCAGCCAGAACUCAACAUCAAUAAGAGAGACAUCCUUUGUGUUCAGAUCGCUGGGCUAUGCCAUGACCUGGGACAUGGACCCUUUUCCCAUCUGUUUGAUAAAAUGUUCAUCCCCAAAGCAACACCCCCAUCUGGUCCACGACGUGAAAAAAUGAAAACCUGGAAGCAUGAGGACGCCUCUGUAGAAAUGUUCGACCACAUGGUGGAAUCCAAUGCGGAUCUGCAGUGGAUGAUGAAGGCAUGUGUUAUGCUGCCCAAUGAUGAGGUCUUCAUCAAAGAGAUGAUUAAACCAAAUAAGAAAUCAUCUCCAUGGCCAUAUGAAGGCCGUCCAGAGGAGAAGUCCUUCCUCUAUGAGAUUGUGAACAACAAAAGAAACGGCAUUGAUGUGGACAAGUUUGACUACUUUGCCAGGGACAGCUACCACCUGGGCAUCAAGAACAACUUUGACCAUGGCCGCUUCAUAAAGUUUGCCAGGGUGUGUGAGGUGGACGAGCAGAAGCACAUCUGCACUAGAGACAAGGAGGUGAACAAUCUCUAUGACUUGUUCUACACAAGGUACUCACUCCACAGAAGAGCCUACCAGCACAACGUGGUUAAGAUCAUAGAGUAUAUGAUCACAGAGGCCUUUUUAAAGGCAGAUGAGCACAUCCAGAUUGAAGACUCAGAAGAGACCAUGUCCACCCCCUCCACACAGCUGGAGCACAGCCAGAAUGAAGGCUCAGGAGGGAGGAAGUUCAACCUCUCUGCAGCCAUAGGUGACAUGGAGGCCUACACCAAGCUGACAGAUUGUGUAUUUGACCAAAUACUCAACUCCACAGGCACAGAGGAUAAUCUCAGAGAGGCAAGGGAGAUUCUAACAAACAUCGGCGAUUGUAAACACUACAGGUGUCUGGGUGGAAUCAAGCCUAAAAUCCAACCCAAGGGGAUAUCUCAGUUGAAAAAGGACCUGUUUCCACAAGAGGGAGUUCAGGCUGACGGGCUGCCAGAGAAGGACUUUGUAGUUUUACCUGUUACUAUGGACUAUGGGAUGAAGGGAAAGGACCCCAUCGAUAGUAUGGACUUCUACAGCAAGAAAACCCCUACCCAAGCAUUCAAAAUCACCAAAGAAGAGGUGUCGAGGCUUCUCCCAGUGCACUUCUCUGAGACGCUCUUCAGGGUUUACAGCAGGAAGAUUGAUCCUGAAAGUCUGGAAGCUGCCAAGGUGCGAUUGGAAGAGUGGAUCAGAGUAAGGAAUGAACAACUUCCAGAGGAGAGACACUGUCUCCUCACACAAUUUGGAUGAAUCUGAAGUUUUGGAAAAUGGAAGUUAAACCUGAAAAAAUAAAGAAAACACUUCCUGGCUCUCCUUGGUUCAUACUGAUUGAAGGUGAUCGAGAAAUUUGAUCAAGUGAGUAUGUGACUUCACGACUUAAAAGUGAAUAAGGAUGCAUUAUGCACAAUUGGGCCAUAUAUGCAGUUUUUAGAGCCCUGUUUAAUAUUAUAAACUAAUCUAAGUGCAAAAUGUGAUCAUUUUAAAUCAGCUUUAAUUAAGAAUCACUGUUUAAUACCAUAUUAUGGCUAUUUGAAAUGUAAUUUUAGGUGUGAUUUAGGGAUUUUAAAUAUUUAGUGGUGUUUGUUUAAGAUAUCCAUCGUGUGAAUUAAUGUGGUAACCUGAUUAGAUAUUAGAUUGUUUUGGGUGUAUGUCUUUGUUUUUAAUCUAUCAAUAUGAAAUCAAUAUCAUUACUAUUACCAUUAUAUAUUACUAUUCAUACUGUAGUUAUACAAUAUAGCUUGCUUCCUUCAAUGUAACCAUCUGUAUGAAUGUGGUUAACUUGGGGUAUAUUUCUGUUUAUGGUCAUGGUGUGAAAAUGUUGUGAUUUGUCAUCAUGUGACUUUUGAGGAAAACCUACAACAAUGUUUCAACUUUGUUGCUGUUGAGAUUGGGUUAAUAAAAAAGUGUUUCUUCUUAAUUUGAAAU